AUGGCAACCGUCUUCAGCACCUCAAAGGGAUCGGCCUCAUCUCUCAUCUCGCCAGACCCUUCACCGUGCCGAGGUCGCGUCCGGCAGCGGCCUUCGCCAUCAACACCAACACGGAUCCCCCCGUUCGACCGGCGGUUUGCGUCUCCCGUGGCGCAGUUCUACUUCCUCCACAUCAUUGACUGCGACACGGCCACCUUGGAAGUGCAAGUGCUGGGAGCCAAUCUCAGCUUCACAUUCACGCACUCGCGCGCGCUGCAGGCGUCGUGUCCCUCGAAGAUCGCAGUGAGCUUGGAACGCAAGACGACGGGCUUUCUCGCCAUGGUGAGAUCGCAACGGCGACAGCAGAUGCCACCAGGUCACUCGAUCGACGCCCCUCACGACUGCAGCGAACGAGAAAGUCUCGAGGGUGGGAUCGAAGGAGGCAAUGAGCAACGCAUCGUUCUCGCAUGGGCAGAGUCCGGCCACGGCGUCGGAACCGGUGGUGAAAUGCUCGACGCACCCGGUCUCGGCACCAACUCGUGGGCGACACUGUCGAAUAAGAUAUGGACGCGGCGCGCGAUCCGCAUCGGCCGCCUUCUGGGCCUCAAGAUGGAUCGACCCUACGACAACAUGGGCUCGCGACGGCUUCAAGGCGAGGCGAGCGAGAAGCUUAGGGGAAUAUUUCUCGCGUCACACGUCGAGGUCAAGCUGGCAACGCACGCCGUGUACACGCUACUGCGCAUCUUCAAGAUUCCGCACGGCGGCAGGGCGGGUUUAGAAAUCGACGCGCUGCGGGCGCUGCGAGAGGCGCGGUGGGAAGACGGGUCGAGGCCAAGAGUCGAGAUCUACUUCUCGAGACGCAACUGCGGGUCGUGCGGCAUCUUCACCCAGAGACUCAGCCAGCUGACGGGGGUGCACAUGGCCUUGCUAUGGCGGGACCGGCUGACGAAGAUGGUGUACCAUGGACGGCGCCUCCAGACGACAGAAGGGCGCAGACCUCCCCCCGCCGUUCGCGCGGUAGAAGGUGAGUCUCUUGACGAUGGCGGCUCGGCACGUGGAAACAGAGAUGGAAACGUGCCACUUUCGGACGUCGUGGACCUUACGAGGGCCUCCUCGCAGCAAGCCGUCGACCUGACACGGAAAACACCGACUGCUGAAUGCUCUGAACAUGGCGAUGACGAUGAAAAUGAGGACGGGGGCCGCGAUGGCGGCGGCGGCGACGACGGCGACGACGGCUCCACGAGAGAUGGCCAGUGGACAGUAUUGGAUGCGUACUUUGACGGCCUGGCAUACUGCGUCGGCCAGCUUGGUCACCGCCGUGUCUCGUUUCGAUCGGUACGGGCCGCCGUCGUCGACUUUGCGCGCCGGAUGCUGAAGCAUGCACACCACCGCUCAGACAACUCCUGUCGGUGCGCCUUCACGCCUAACCAGCGCGUCCUAUAUCAGACAUCCGGCAUGUUCGAGACAUGCGAGACGGCGUCGGCGUUGGAGUCGGCGGCCCGUUUCUGGGCAGGCCGCGGGGGCGGUGCCAACCAGCGACAAAGCGCCAGGGUGCAACGGAGGCGACAAGUGGAGAGAAGGCAUCGCCGUGGGCAGGCGGUGAGAUUGGGCGUGCGAGAGCGGUCGCGGAGGAGAGAUGGCAGCGCUCCGAGCAGCGGCAGAGGAAGCAGCUGUUUGAGGCUAAAGGUGCGAUGGCAGGACGUUUAG